UUUUCCGGGGGCGAGCGAGUUCGAUAGUUUUAGGCCUUUCUUUCGCUGUCUAUUAGAAAUAGAAAACUUGCACGCAAGUGUUUUUCCUCCUUCUUUUUCUUUCUUUAAAGAGAAUCAAAAGGAAAUAAAAUAAUUUUGUAUGUAGAGAAAAAAGAUCAGCAUAGAUAAUUAAAAAAUGGCGGUGUUUCUAGCUACCUCUGUUUCUACUACUCGUAUAGCCUCUUCUUUUAUUGCGUCCUCACAAACAAGCAAACCCCAGGCUUUUAUAUCUCCAACCAAGAACAACCUCGCUCCAAGAAGAAUCACAAGGCUUAAACCUCCCCACGUGGCAGCUCCAUCAUCAGCUGUAGCACCCUCACCGGAUCAGAAACAAGACGAAGAGUAUAGAGUUAGCGAUGAGUUUAGUGAAGAGAGUUCAGAUGCUAAGUUCUCGUGGAAAGAUCAUUGGUACCCGGUUUCUUUGGUUGAAGAUUUGGACCCAACUUUACCAACCCCAUUUCAGCUUCUGGGUCGUGAUUUAGUGCUUUGGUUUGAUAAAUCAAAGAAUCAAUGGGUUGCUUUUGAUGAUAAGUGUCCCCAUAGGCUUGCUCCUUUAUCUGAAGGGCGACUAGAUGAAAAUGGGCACUUGCAAUGUUCAUAUCAUGGAUGGUCUUUUGAUGGAUGUGGAUCAUGCACUAGGAUUCCUCAGGCUGCAUCUCAAGGUCCUGAAGCUCGUGCUGUUCAGUCUCCAAGAGCCUGUGCUACUGUGUUUCCUACAAUGGUGUCUCAAGGUUUGCUUUUCGUUUGGCCGGACGAGAACGGGCAGGAAAGAGCUAGUGCCACCAAGCCCCCAAUGUUACCUGAUGACUUUAAAAAACCCGAGUUUGCAACCGUUAAUAUUCAGCGUGAUCUGUUCUAUGGUUAUGAUACCCUCAUGGAGAAUGUCUCUGAUCCUUCCCAUAUUGAUUUUGCUCAUCACAAGGUUACAGGGAGGAGAGACCGAGCUAAACCUCUUCCGUUUAAGGUGGAUUCUAGUGGUCCUUGGGGCUUUGGUGGAUCAAAUGAUGAUAAUCCCAAGAUCAGUUCUAAGUUUAUAGCGCCAUGUUAUUAUAUAAAUAAAAUAGAGAUAGACACGAAACUUCCUAUAGUUGGUGAGCAGAAAUGGAAGAUAUGGAUAUGUUCGUUCAAUGUACCAAUGGCUCCAGGGAAGACUCGAUCAAUCGUUUGUAGUGCUCGAAACUUCUUCCAGUUUACAGUGCCUGGGUCUGCCUGGUGGCAGGUGGUUCCUAGAUGGUUCGAGCAUUGGACUUCGAACAAGGUCUAUGAUGGAGACAUGAUUGUUCUUCAAGGACAAGAAAAGAUCUUUCUUUCAAAGUCAAUGGAGAGUUCUGAGGACAUAAACAAGCAGUACACAAAGCUCACAUUCACACCUACACAAGCUGAUCGCUUCGUCUUGGCAUUUCGAAAUUGGCUAAGACGUCACGGCAAUGGUCAACCCGAAUGGCUCACCUCGGUCGGCCAACAACCUCUCCCAUCCACAGUAUUAUCAAAACGCCAGAUGUUAGAUAGAUUCGAGCAGCAUACGCUCAAAUGUUCAUCAUGCAAACAAGCAUACAAAUCAUUUCAAACAUGGCAAAAGAUUCUAAUGGGUGCAACGGUUGCGUUUUGCGCAACAGCCAGCAUUCCAUCCGACAUCCAAUUCCGGGUAGUUUUAGCACUACUUGGAGUGGUUUCUGCUGGUUUGGCAUAUACAUUGCAUGAACUGGAAAAGAACUUCGUUUUUGUUGAUUAUGUACACGCUGAAAUCGAUUAGAACAAGUUUUGACUUUAACCAUACUUGUCCAAGUAGUUAGAAGUUUACAGUGUACAUAUAUAAAUGUAAUACAAUUUAUUUUUUAUUUUUUUUAAAGUGUUUGAUUUAAACUAAAUAUCAUUUUGUAUAAACCAAAAUCUGCUGUCUUUUUCAAUUAGCAAAUGCCAGCAAUUUAUUUUUCA